AUGUGGGAGGAUGCACUUAUCCACAAAGGGGACAACUUGAACGAGGAAUGGUGUUCAAAGGAGAUUCUUGAGAGUGAUUCCAUGAAGGAUGAGCCUCAUAGUUCAGUUGUGGAUGCUGUUGAGGAUCCUAUCAUUGAUGCAAUUCCAACUGAGAUUCCUCAGAUUCAGGUUGAGGCAGUAGUGGCACCAUUACGGAGAUCCACCAGGGAGAGAAAGUCAGCUAUAUCAUCUAUCUAUGAGAAAGGGAGAUAUUCAGUGUUCAUCGUCCUUGCGCAUUCAACAUUCUCAUCAGAUAUAGUGAGGACCAGCGUACUAUCAACUAAGUGGAGAUACAAAUGGGUUUCAGUUCCACAUCUCAUAUUCAAUGAUAAAUGUAUACCAGUUUCUGAUGGUUCACUUGGUCAUGAUAAACUUGUGAAGAUUAUCAAUCAUGUUCUCCUACUUCAUAGAGGCCCAAUUCUGACAUUCAAGAUCUCUAGUUCGCAGUUGCAAACCUGUUCAGAGAUUGACUGCUGGAUUCUUUACCUAUUAUUAAGUUCUUUAACAGAAUUUAAACUUCAGAUUUCUAGAUCUGAGCGUUAUAAUGUUCUUCCAUGUUUAUUCUCCUUUAGACAACUGAUUCGUCUAACACUGGUUGGCUGCAGAAUCGUAUCCCCUGAGACGUUCAGAGGCUUUAGUUGUCUCACAAGUCUGGUUUUUGAAAAAGUUACACUCUCUAAUGCAACAUUGAAUUGUUUGGUUUCUACUUGCCCUCAACUAGAAGAGUUGACAGUGAUUGAUAUUGAUGGUCCUAUUCAAAUUGAACUUAGCAAUCCAAAACUGAAGUUCUUGCAAAUCCAUGGAAAAUUCAUUGGUAUAUGCCUCAAAGAUUUGAGACUUUUAGUUUCUGCAAGCUUUAUUGCCUUAACUGCAGCUCACCCUGACCAAUGGAGAACUUGCAACAUUAGCAACAUUCUUGGCUCUCUACUCGGUAUUCAAAAGCUUGGCAUGGGAGGCUGGUUUCUACAGGUAAUAGAACCUUGUGCUUUUAAUAUUUACUCAGAAAUUGGCACACAUUCUUUUAUGUUUACUUCUGCUUGCAUUCUAUUACAGUCCUUAGCCGUUGGUGAUGUGGCGAGGAGGCUUCCUUCAACAACUUAUAAUCAUUUGAAGAGAAUUUCCUUCGCAUUAAAUCCAAAAGAUAUGAAAGUGGUUUUAGUUGCUAUAUGUUUAUUGAAUAGCUCCCCUAAUUUGCAAGAGCUUAAAAUCUUGGUAACUUUCUUGUAGCACCAUCCUUUUUCUUAUUUCCUUCCUAUGUUUUUUUGUACUCAUUAGCUUUUUGAAUCCUCCAGUUUUGGCAUAAUAUGGAAGAUGCGAUUUUUCCUGUCGUGGAUCUGCAAGAAGCAAAGGAUCGGUUGGAGUGUACAUUCAACAAACUCCGGGUUGUAAAAAUUUCGAAACUCUUUGGUGAGGAAAUUGAAUUGGUACUCAUUAAAUUUAUCCUUGA